AUGAGCAGGAAGAAUCUAAAAAGAGGAUUCUCACAAAGGCUCAGCCCAAGGGCAGCGCAGCUGCCGCCCCAAAGGAGGUUAGAUCUCAAAAGUACUAUCGCGGCACCGUCGAAGAAGACCCCGGCUCAGGCUCAACCCAAGGGUAGUGCAGCCGCCCCAAAACAAACACCGUCGAAGAAAACCCUGGCUCAGGCUCAGCCCAAGGGUAGUGCAGCCGCCCCAAAACAAACACCGUCGAAGAAGACCCCGGCUCAGGCUCAGCCCAAGGGCAGCGCAGCCGCCGCCCCAAAGGAGGUUAGAUCUCAAAAGUACUAUCGCGGUUGGAUCUCUAACAAUAUGCAGGCACCAUCGAAGAAGACCCGCACCAAAACCAACAACGCUCUAGAGGAGGCUCUCCCAGUGCGACAUAACCGCCAAGGAUGGGUCAAAACAGAAGGCAGAGAGACGCUUCUCGCCGGAUACCUCGGUUUCCAAAAGGUUGAGGAGCUUCGGAGAUUCAUAAUCUCCUGGCCAAUCCUGAGUCUCUGGCACAUAUUUGACAAGGAUGCCAAGAAAAUGCAGAAGAAGGGUGUUUUUCGACUUGCUGACGAGCAGUGGGACAAUUUGUCCAGCAUCAGUACCGGUGUAUCAGAGAACUUCGCCGUCCCCGAAAACGCUAGCCCGGACUUCACGAAAGCCCAAAAGCAGAAGCGUGUGGCUUGGGUGUGCAUUCGCCUAGCGCAUGUCACUGAAUCGAAAUACGCUGUGUGGUCGGACGCUAAGAACAUCCAGGAGACCAAGUGCUCCCAGGAUAAGUUCACAAAGGAGAACCCAGAUUUCAAAUUUCCCAGCGCAGAUGCUCAAACCCCGGUCCCCCGUGUAUCCAUCACUUAUCACCCAGAAUUUGGGGAGACAAGACUUGAGCUUCUCAACCGCUCCUGGGAGCUGUUUCGCUACUUCUCCUGGCUCUUUCACACGGCAAACGUAUGGAGUCGUGUGGAGAGCGUGGAAGCAAUGAAGAAGGCCGCCGUCGUACAGGACGAAAAUCUGCCACCAUGGAUGAGAGCCCCAAAAGAAGUUGUGAAAUCAGCCCUCGGCCCUCACAAGACACACGAAAAUUACCACCCAAUCAAAAUCACCGCACAUUGGCACCGCAACAAACGCUUCCCAGGACGAGAGGACCUCGAGUUAACUCUCACACAGGCCGAGGAGAAGGGGUUAACCAUCCCCUCCGAAGUACUGAAGGUGAACAAGGAGACGCGUGCAUUCACUACUGUGGCAAUGUUCCGCGAUUACCUUCGGGCUAUUUACAAUUGCCGUCAACUCGGACUCGAUUUAUACUCAGUGAAAAUGAGACACACAUCUCCCAUUGAUGACGAGGAUUUGUCCCGCGAUAUUUUGAGGGAUGAAUGGGAUUUGAUCAGGUCCACGAUGAUGGACCCUUUGAUUUCCGACUUCAGAUUGGACAUUAUCCUCAGUGCAAACGAGCCCGACGAUGAGGAAAUGUAUGAGGAGGGUAUAAUGCCGAGAGUCAUUGAAGAAGCCUUGAUGGCAGAAGCGGAAGCUGGAUCACAGGGUCCACGGCAGCUGGAUGAAACUGUUGUCUCCAGGAUCCUGAGCUCAUCCCAAAAGGAUACCACACUUCAACCUAAGGAGUGUGAUUCUUUAGCAGACCAAAUCCUCUGGUACAACGGACACGAUGUUAACACGGUGUCCGGGCGCCGGGAGUGGCAAAAGCAGCUUGUUUCGAAUUUACUUGCUGGCCUUAAGGCCGGCAAGCCGAAGCUAGUAAACAUGCCAAAAACCCUGCUGGCCACAAAAGAAGAAAUGGCCAGUGUGGAACAAGCUCAGCAGCAGGCACACAGGGACAGUGAGGACCAAGUCAUUUACUCGGACAAUGACUACUCCGUCCUGCAGCGCGCCUUCUCAGGAAAUCAAGAUCGCUGUGGGCCACCGCUAGACCUGUGUCUUUCCCUUCUUGUGUGUGAGUUGCAUAGAAAUGAGGGACGAUACCGCUCCCUAAUUUUGAGCAACCAUACCAAGAGUACUUUUUACAACUACCAGAUAACCGGAGCCAUCGGGAUUGUCCUCAAGCUCCUGGGCAAAAUUGACGCUGCAAAGUUAUUUGAGAGAUGCCCCGAUGUGGGAUGGACACUCGAGCAACUCGACCUUGCAGAACAUGCCGCAACAAAGCUCGAAGAUUUACAGACACACGGGGCCAUUCUUGCUGAUGGAACAGGCUUUGGAAAGACCAAGCAAUGUCUGUUGGCAGCGUUGAUAUUUUCAAUUCUGGGCACUGAGAAUAUGCCAAUGUUACUACUUGUCCCUGCCCCUCUUGUCAGUCAGUGGCUACAGGAAGUCAGGCGUGAUUGGGAUGGCCUUGUGCCAAUUCUCUCAUACGAAGAUCCUGUCCUGAAAGAACAGAUGCUUGGGAGCAGACUGACCGUCCAUCAAAUGUGGAAUUUGAGUUUCCCUCAGAACCUGAGGUACAUUCUUGACAAGACCAACCCAGACGCGCGAAAAAUCCUGAUUAUCACCUCAUAUGAAACGCAUAUCAGACGAACAUCUUGGGUGAUUACGAAAAAGGACGGGGAUUAUUGGACUACGCGUCAUGACAAUCGUUUCGGCCUGGUUAUUGCUGACGAGGCCCAUCGCGUCAAAAACAAGCAAACAGCAAUUGCAUCUAUUCUCAAGAUGCAAAAGCCUAGAGCCCUUAUCUUUGCAACCGCAACCCCUAUGUUCAACUCAAUUCGGGAUCUAAUAGGACUUAUUGACUUGAUAGGCGUUCGCGGUUUGCAGUGCUUGUCGCAAGCUUGCCAAGACCCUACCGUCAAAGCAGAGUAUGAUCAACUACGUGCAAAAUCUUCAAAAAAUAAAAAGCGGGAGUUGAAGGAAAUCCACAAAACUUCCCCACUCCGCUUGAUGCUGCUUGAUGCUACAGUCCUGAAUGAUCUGAUACGCCACCGUGAGACCCUCCCGAUGGAGGCCGAUUACUUUGGGUUUGUUUUGAACCUAAUUGCAAUCCAAAGAUCGCCAGGGUCAUGUUUGCCAAAUUCUUCAGGCCCUUCUAUUGCCAUGAAAGACAUGUUCAAAACCAUCACCUUCAGAACCGCAGAUGUGGAGCUGUCUACAGAAGAGAAAAUGGUGUAUCAGGCUUUCCACGCUAAAGCUGCGGAGGAGUACAUUGUUGAAACCGCAAUAGAAAGGACCGCCAAUCCUGGACAGCGGGUCAAAUCCAAAUUCAUAGCCGCCACAAAGUCACUGCGCAAGCUUGCAAUUGCGAACUUCUCAACUACUCUUGCCAUCCUGAACGCGAAAUUGGAACUCGGCGACUCGAACACGCAUGUGGCCACCUUGCACGAAUGGCGACAGGAAAAUAUUGCUGCCGAAUGGGUUUAUAUGGUGACGAAGGAAGAUACCGACUGCGCCAUUCACUCCGCGGAUGACUUGAUUAAGUUCUUAGUUCAUGGCUCGCCACGGCUAAGACUGAUCUUCCAACAGCUCCUGGACCGAAAGGUAUUCGAAGAGGUGGACAAAAGCAGGUUUGGUCACCAUCAAAAAGUCUUGAUCGUCGACUCUUGUCCACUUAAUGCAUGGUAUGCGGAGGUGGUUCUGCGUGCUGCUCUGGUUGACGCUCGAACGUUGCAUUCGGCUCUUGAGCCGAGCGAGCGUGAUACCAUGGUGAACGAAUUCAACGACCCCCAAAGCACAUUACGAGUGCUUAUCACAACGUAUGACAUGGGCUCAGUGGGCCUGAAUCUUCACCACGCCUGUAAUAGGGUCAUCCUGACAUCCCCCGGUCGUAGCUGGGCCCAAGAGGCCCAGGCAGCCGGGCGUGCUCUCCGUAUAACGUCUGAGUUCCCGUUAACUGUGGUGCGAGUGGCUACCGCAAACUCACACGACCAGUUUAGGGACUCAAAGCAAGCCGAAAAGGCCUGUCUCCAACUCGCCAUCAAUAGGCAGGACCCUGGAUUUCGAUCAUUGAUGCUCAAAGAACUCAAAUGGAUCCAGUCAGAUGUCAACCGAUGUCAUGAGAGCCAGGAUGGGAAAGUACUCUUGCAGCAAAAAUCCGCCGCUGAACUACAGAUGGAUCAAAGUCUUGCUCAGUACCUUAAGGACAGGCAAUCGGAACGCUCGGACGAACGAUUAGCCCAGAAGGAGGCUAACACUCGCAAAAGACCAGUCUUCAACUACGCUAUUGUUAGCGAUGAUGAUACUGAACACAGUGCCCCCGACGAUGAAGAGAAUGCCUCGGACGCUAAAUACAAUGCCUCGGACGAUGAAGUGAAUGCCUCGGACAAUGAAUAUAUUGACGCAGAACAGCCGAAUGAGGAUGACCAUAUUAAAAAUGAUGCCAGUAAAGAUAAAGAGUCUCUUGACCUUGACGAUACAGAUAAGCUUACUUUUGCACAACGCGAAGAGAUCGAACGAGCGCGAGACAUCGAGCGAUGGCACAAUGCGAAGACCUAG